CCCGUCACUAACAAAGAGUGUCAAGUCCAGUGAAGAUUAAUUUCACAUGAAGCAUGUGCUUCUUCUCUUCAUACCAGAUUCAAUCUCCAAUUCGCAAUAAACCCUAAUUCCAUUUUCGCAUCGAUUAGCUUCGUUCAGAUUCUCAAUCCAAUGAGGGUUCUGCAACUUGGCCUCUUGCUUGCUCUGGCAUCUGGAUUCGCAGCGAUUUCUAUUUACAUCAUCGGACUCUCUGAUCCUUCUGUAUGUAUGUAUGUAUAUCCCACUUAUCAUCUCACAGAUGAAGACACGCAAGCUUUGCUUUCGCUGCAUAACACUUUCCAGAAGUGUGUGAGUGCAAAUGGGCUUGGUCUGAAAGCUGCUAUGAGCAGCGAUUACUGCCAAACCACGAUAAAUUUUCCCAGUGACACCAUCCCUAAAUGGAAAGAUCCAAAAACCGGUGAACUUGAAGCUCUGUCUUUCGAUUUUAAUCUGUGUGAAGCUGUGGCAACAUGGGAACAGGUGCGGAACAGUACCACUAUACUCACCAAGGAGUUCAUUGAUUCUUUACCAAAUGGAUGGGAGGAAUAUGCAUGGCGUAGGAUCAAUAAAGGAGCACUUCUCAACCGCUGUGAAAACAGGACCUUGUGCAUGGAGAAACUUUCACUAGUGCUCCCUGAUACACCGCCAUACUUCCCAAAGCAGUUUGGGCGCUGUGCUGUUAUUGGUAAUUCUGGAGAUCUCUUGAAAACAAAAUUUGGAAAGGAGAUAGAUGGUUAUGAUGUUGUCAUUAGAGAAAAUGGUGCUCCAAUACAGAACUACACUGAUUACGUCGGUAGGAAAAGCACAUUUCGGCUUCUAAACCGUGGAUCUGCCAAAGCACUUGAUAAAGUCGUAGAAUUAGAUGAACGAAGAAAAGAAGUCUUGAUAGUAAAAACAACAAUCCAUGACAUCAUGAACAAAAUGAUUAAGGAACUUCCUAUAAAAAAUCCUGUAUAUCUCAUGCUAGGUGCAUCCUUUGGUUCAGCAGCAAAAGGAACUGGGCUUAAGGCUCUUGAAUUUGCCCUCUCCAUGUGUGAUUCAGUGGAUAUGUAUGGUUUCACUGUGGAUCCUGGCUAUAAAGAAUGGACAAGAUAUUUCUCUGAAUCUCGUCAAGGCCAUACACCAUUGCAUGGUAGAGCUUAUUACCAGAUGAUGGAGUGUUUGGGACUUAUCAAAAUCCAUUCUCCCAUGCGAGCUGAUCCAAAUCGUGUUGUCAAAUGGGUCCCAAGCCACCAUAUUAUGAGGGCUGCUAGUAUUGCAUCAGAAAAAUUACUGAGGAGAGUUGGAGCAGGAUCUGAAGAUCCACUGCGUGCAUGUUCCAUAACCAAGAAGCAAAUUAAAAGAAACUCAAAUGCAGUUUCAAAUCUCAGAAAGGUGGCACUUGAUCAUAUAAGGUAUGUGAAGGGAACAACCAUGUAUCCUCUGGAGCAUAGUCCUGGACAUGGGGUCCUUUGCACUGUGCCAGCCAAUUGAACUAUUCUGAGAUUUUAAUGUGUUCAGCUUGACCUGACCGAAGCUUCUAACCCCUCGGUUCACAAAAUUUCUGUUAAUCUAUUUACAAAAUAUGUCAUUAACUUGACAAAAUGGUGAUGAAGCUUCAUACUCCUCACCGGUAAAUCUGUGAAAUCCUUUUAUUCUUUCUCAUUCUUUUUGGUUUUUUGAAAACUAUUUAAGUACUUGGAAUUUUUCCUUAAGGUCUCAAGGAGAAGAUUACAGAACAGCUAGGAGCCUAGGACACAAUUUUGUCUGUGCUGCUUAGUUGAACCAUAACCAGUUGAGCUGUAAUGAAUAGCUUUUCAUUUACUUCAAAAUAGUAGCUAUCAUAGUUUAAGUCCAA